CAGGUGGGGACGCGCAGGUGGGGACGCGCGGCCGGUGCCGGUCCCGGUGCGGGUUUGUGCGAGGGAUGCGAAAUGAGUUAAUUUCGCUUGGAAUAGUUCCUGGCGGGGAAGGAGCUGACGUGUGGAGACGCCUCCGGGGGAUGAGCCGGCGGCGGGGUCGGGAACGCUCCGCAGAGCCGGGCCAGGUCCGCGCCGGGAAACACGCGGGGAGGCGCGGCGGGCACCGGCUGCAGCUGCCCCGGCGCUCCCGGCGGGACUCCGGCUUCUCCUGCGAGCGGCAGCUCCCGGCACGCCGCGCCGGGCAGGGGCACAGCGGGGCGGCCGUCAAAUGACAGCCUUUAGGUCGUGACACGGAUCCCUCGCUGAGGGGAAACCCGAGCGUUUGGGGGCUGGUUCGUGGGCGGGUUUUUCUUUCAAGUCGAGAAUUCUUUUUUGCUUAUGGCUUAACCCCGAGCGGCUGGGCUCGGCUGGCGCUGGAGCGCCCGCGUGUUCUGCUUCCCCUGCAGGAGCCCGUCCGCCCGCCGCCGCCGCUGGGGACGGCAGCGCAGGGAGAUCCCCGCAGGAUGGGGGCCCCGCGCAGGGAGCGGCCCCGCUGGCUGGGCACGCUCCUGGCCGCCUGCCUGGCCACCCUGCCGGCCGUCAGCGCCUGUCCCCGGCCCUGCGCCUGCCACGGCCCCGCCGAGCUCCACUGCACCUUCCGCUACUUCACCGCCGUGCCCCCGCGCAUCCCGCCGGACGUGCAGCGCAUCAACCUGGGCUACAACAGCCUGAGAAAACUCAGCCCCACGGACUUCGCUGGCCUGGAGAAACUGGAGUUACUGAUGCUGCACAGCAAUGAGAUCAGCACGAUCCCUGAGAAGGUGUUCAGUGAUUUACGUUCGCUGCAGGUCUUAAAAAUGAGUUACAACAAGGUCAGAGUGCUUCAGCAGGAUGUAUUUUAUGGCCUGAACAGCUUGGUGCGGCUGCAUAUGGACCACAAUCAAAUUGAAUUUGUGAAUCCCAAUGUUUUCUAUGGACUCACUUCCUUGAGGUUGGUCCACCUGGAUGGAAAUUUACUUCAGCAGCUGCAUCCAGACACUUUUGUCACCUUGCGCUACAGCCAGGUAUUCAGAAUAUCCUUCCUGAAGCACAUCUCUCUGUCUGACAACGGGCUGACUUCACUUCCACAGGAGAUGUUUUCCUACAUGUCAGAGCUGGAGAGCAUUUACCUCCACGGAAACCCCUGGUCCUGUGACUGCAGCCUGCAGGGGUUGGCAGGGUGGGCACAGGAGAGACCAGAUGUUAUAAAGUGCAGAAAAGAGAGAAGCUCUGGUGUCCAGCAAUGCCCAGUCUGUGCUAGACCCAAAACUCAUAAUGGGAGAAGUUUAGUGGAUCUCCCCCCUGCAUCUUUCAGCUGCACCAAGCCAGUCAUCCAUGACUCCCUGAAAUCCAGAAACCUCACUGUGCCAGAUGAUGGGGAUUUCAGUUUCGUGUCUCCCAAGGACUUGAUAGCCCCGAUAGGAUCUGUGGUUUUGAAUAUGACUGACCAAGCAGGAAAUCGGGGCAACUUGGUUUGCAAUGUCCAGAGGCCUGAAGAAAUGUCACCCAUCUCAUUUGAGAAAAAUGGCCCCAGUAGAGUGCUCAAAACCUCGUUCUCAACAUCCCUGGUGUGUGGCAUUGAUUCUGGACACAUCCAGCAGCUGUGGAGCAUCCUGGCACUGUACAGCAGCUCUCCUUUGAAGCUGGAGCAAACCGCGAGGACAGGCGACGAGCCUGCUGUUAGCUGCAGAUACAAGCAGAUCCACAGUGAGAGAGACGAGCUCUUCACCAGCGUCGAGGCUGAGCUGCGGGCCGAGCCAGCGUGGCUGAUGCAGAGCCAGGUGUCCCUGCAGCUGGACAGGACAGCCACCACGCUCAGCACGCUGCACGUCCGCUACGCCACCGCGGCCCAGCUGGCUCUGCCCGGCCACGACAGGGAGCAGGGCAGACACGCCUGGGCCAUCAUUGCCAGGGACAACGGCACCCAAACGGAGCACACCGUGCUGGUGGGGGGCACCGUGGAGCUGGGGUGCCAGGCAGCUGGGCAGCCAGCUCCUGCGCUGGAGUGGGUGUUGGCCGAUGGCAGCAAAGUGCCAGCCCCGCACAUCAGCGAGGAUGGCAGGAUCGCGGUCCUCAAAAGCGGGGUGCUGACGCUGAGGACCGCUGACGUGUUCGACUCGGGGCUCUAUCACUGCAUCAGCACCAACCACGAGGACGCUGAUGUGCUCACCUUCCGGAUCACGGUGGUGGAUCCUCACGUGGAGAGCAGCGGAGCCAACGGAGCCCGGCUGGUGGCUGCUCUCGGCAGCACGCUCCACCUCCCCUGCACAUCCACGGCUGCCCCCGACGCUGCCGUCACCUGGGUGCUGCCUGGGCACACGAUUCUCCGCCAGUCUGCUGGAAACAAGCACAUUUUUGCCAAUGGCACCUUGAGAAUACAAGGGCUGACGCUGCGGGAUGUGGGCUACUUCCGAUGCGUGGCAGCCAACCGCUACGGUGCCGAUCUUUUGGUUCUCCAGGUGCUGCUGGGGCAGGAUGAAACUGCUCCGAAGGAAAAGCACGGGGCUCUGGGAGACUGGGAAGAAGGCUCUGGCGAUGAGCUGCUGCGCUCUGCUGCAGCGCAGACACAGCCCUCAGGCACCCCAGGAGCCCUGAGAGCGCGGGGGGAACCUGCUGCCGCAGCAGCCGGCAGCCAGGGCGCACGGAGCGCGCCUCAGAGGAACAGCCACGGGAAAACACCCCGCUGGCCGGGAGACAGAACAGCCCGGCGCCUCAGGGGACACAGGAGACAGUUUGUUUCCUCAGGCAGGAGAGCUGAUCCACAGCGCUGGGCAGCCUUGCUGGAGAAAACAAAGAGGAACUCGACAGUGGCCGACAAACGAGGAGGAGCUGCUGCAGAACCACCCAUUCAGGUCCCUAAGCUCUCAGAGGUACCUGAGGAUGAGGAGGAGACAUCUGGUGAUCUCGUCUCUCCAGAAGAAGAAUUCCUGAUGCCAGCAACAGAGAGAUCCCCAGUGUCUGCUCUGGGCAGAGCAACAGAACUCACGAUCACUGCAGGGCCCAAGGAGACCGCGAGUCCCCCUCCUGCCCGGAGCACCUCCCUCCUGCUCACAGAGCCUCCAGCUCCCCUACCCUCGCCUCUUCCACGCUCUGCGGCACCUGCCAACAAAAGGCUGCAAACACUUCCAAGACCUACAGACUCGUGGGAAAGAUCUGAUUUGAGUCAAAUGCCAGCAAAUGGUGUAAAACAGCCAACUGUACCCGGUGGAACAGCCUCACUCUUCCCUGCUGGGCAAAAGUCAAUAUAUUCUGGGGAAAGUAGUAAUCAGCAUCUAAAGUCUGCGUCCGUGACACCCACGGCAGAAGCUACAGGCACCAGCAAGGCUGGAACUCCCCCAGACACAGCAGACAAGUCACGUAUUUUUCCUGAGUCUACUGGUGAUGGCUCCACCAAAACAGGUCACCAGGUUCCUGUGGUGGCAGUCAAUGCAGCGAGCUCUGAAUUUGGCCCCAUUUAUUUUCACAGUACUCAGAAAGGAGGAACCCCUAACCCACCACUGGCCUCGCCUUUUGCUACUGGUCAGCAAAUUCAGGUUAUCCAGGGCGCUCCAACUCACCCAGCCCAGCUCCAGCAGCACUAUGGAAGACGAAGGAAAGUUUCUGGUCGCAGGCGAAUUGUUAGACCAGGGCGUAUCCCAGGUAUGAAAGAGCCCCGAGACAAUUCUGGGAGGCCAGGGUCUGCCAGAGCAGGUGCAGCUGUGGCUGCAGGUGUUCAACUGAACAUGAGCUAUGCAUCAAAUGUACCAAGCUUAAAUAACUCCAGCAGCUCCAUCAAUCCAUUUAGCCCAGGAACACCCCAGUCUUUGCCCUCCACCAUGAAAAUGCCGUUGGAGCACCCCGUGGGUACCCGUCAAAACACAGCUUUCCUCAGGGAGGAGGGCAAGAAACAUGGUGCAAGGCCAAAAGCUGCUGCCACAGUGGUGUCUGUCGCUGCAGAGCACACUGCCACUACUGCAGCCAGUGGCUUGGGUGUGAUGGGCCUAAAGCCCACAGUUACACUUGUUACUACUCCUCGAACCAACACCAGAGCCACCAAAAGUAAAAUACCCAGAGUGGGCGGAAGGAGAGGUCAGAGGAGGAAGAGGCCUCCUAAAACACCUGCCCCAGAGCGUGGGGCUGCAGCCCGGAGCACUGCAGCCACCCCUGCAGUGAGCACAGGCACCCCUGCACAGAGCACUGCAGCCACCCCUGGAGUGAGCACAGCCACCCCUGCAGCCCAGAGCACUGCAGCCACCCCUGGAGUGAGCACAGCCACCCCUGCAGCAAGCACAGCCACCCCUGCAGCCCAGAGCACUGCAGCCACCCCUGGAGUGAGCACAGCUACCCCUGCAGCCCGGAGCACUGCAGCCUCCCCUGUAGCAAGCACAGCCACCCCCACGGUGACAGCUCCUACAUCAGCAGCUGUUCCUCCAGGCCCUGCACCUGCAAAACCUCUCCCUGGGAGCAUCAGUGCAGUCUCCAGGACCAGAGCACCAGCACUGGGGGUCCCUGACAGCCCCGAGGCACCGAGGCACAGGCCCACGGCAGCCACACAGUCAGCAGCAGCCCCGGGCACCUGGAGGGACACCCAGUCAGCAACGCCUCUGCCUGGCAGUGUGACUGCUCAGAGCCCCCCCACGGCACCCCAAACCACACCAGCCUGGCAGAGCAACACCCAGCUGGCCACCACAGCCGCUGCUAGUCCCGCCCAGACCCCCACCACGGGUGUCCAAACCUCUCCACGGCUGGGCGAGCCCCCCGGUGCCCCGCCUGCUGCAGCCAGUGCCCCGUCAGGGCCGGCACCUGCCCCGCACACCAGGGCCAGCGCCAGGGCCGGGGAAAAGCCCAGCCUGGACGUGGGCGAGGGAGCUGCCCAGGAGCAGCCGGCGGCGCAGCCCACGCUGCCCGCAGGAGCCGUGCCCAGCGCUCCCAGCGCUCCCAGCACCCAGCACCCCAUCCCACUGCCAGCCCCCACCGCAGCCCCCCCGAGAGCCUCCUGGCCCCCGCGGGGGCACGGCCAGCCCCAGCCCGGGCCGCCUCCCGCGGGCACGGACCGGGGCAGCGCGCUGCAGCCGCCACGGAGCGCACCGCCCUGCGCAGGGGACAGCGACAGCUCCGCCGGUGCCUGGCCUGAAAGGCGACAGCGUGAAGACACCACCACCCUCCCCAGUCCCACCACCUUCGGCUCUGCAAGCAGAAACCAUUUCUCCAAGCCCAGAAUAGUCGGAGGGAAAUUGGCUGCUUUCACUCUGCCGGCAAAUUCGGAUGCUUUUAUUCCGUGUGAAGCUACUGGGAACCCCCCUCCAACAAUACAGUGGACCAAGAUACCAACAGGGCGCGAUGCCGCGGACGGCGGUGCCGGCCGCUGGUCGGUGCUGCCCAACGGGACGCUGGCCAUCGCCCGGGCGGGGCUGCAGGACGGCGGGCAGUACCUGUGCACGGCGGCCAACGCGCUGGGCUCGGCCCGGCUGCUGGUCACGCUGGCCGUGCUGGCGCUCCCGCCCCGCAUCGCCCGCGGCCGCCCGCUGACCGCGCACUCCGGGAGCGCCGCGGCGCUGCCGUGCCGGGCCCGGGGCAGCCCCCCGCCCAGCAUCUCCUGGCUGCUGCCCGACGGCACCGAGCUCGGGCAGCGCCCCGCGGGCGGCGGCAGGGCGAGCGUGGGGCCGGACGGCACGCUGCUGCUCCGGGCCGUCACCGUGCGCGACAGGGGCGUCUACACCUGCCUGGCCAGGAACGCCGCGGGCACCGACACGCUGCCCCUCCGGCUGCAGGUGGUGGCGGCGCCUCCCGUCAUCCUGGAGGAGAAGAGGCAAAACGUGAUGGGAACGGCGGGGGAGAGCCUGAGCCUGCCGUGCACGGCGCAGGGCCAGCCCCAGCCCGGCGUGCACUGGGUGCUGCCCGCCGGCGCGGUGCUGCAGCCCCUGCAGCUGCGGCACGCCCGGCUCUUCGUGUUCUCCAACGGCACGCUGCACCUGGGCGCCACGGCCCCCGCCGACAGCGGCACCUACGAGUGCAUCGCCACCAGCUCCACGGGCUCGGACAGGAGGGUGGUCAGCCUCGUGGUGCAGCGCAGAGACACGCUGCCGAAAAUUGCCGUGGCCUCUCGAGAACUGACCCGGCUGGACUUUGGGGAGAGGUUGCUUCUGAACUGUACCGCAAGCGGGGAGCCCAAGCCCAGGAUCAUCUGGAGGUUGCCCUCCAAGGCUGUUGUGGACCAGUGGCACAGAAUGGGAAGUCGGAUCCAUGUCUACCCCAAUGGAUCCUUGGCUAUUGAGGCAGUUACAGAAAAGGAUGCGGGUGAUUACCUGUGCGUCGCCAGAAACAGAAUUGGGGAUGAUGUGAUACUGAUGAAAGUCAGCAUCGCAAUGAAGCCGGCCAAGAUUGACCACAAACAGCAGUUCAAGAAGCUGGUGCCCUAUGGGAAGGAUUUCAGAGUGGACUGCAAGGCCUCGGGGUCGCCCACACCAGAAAUAUCCUGGGGCCUGCCAGACGGGACGGUGGUGAACAACGCGAUGCUGGCAGAUGACAGCGGGCACCGGGCUCGCCGGUACGUCCUCUUCGACAAUGGCACUCUGCACCUCAGCAAAGCUGGAGUGGCAGAAGGAGGAGACUACACGUGCUACGCCCAGAACACUCUGGGGAGGGACGAGAUGAAGAUCCACGUCACGGUCGUUGUGGCAGCCCCUCAAAUAAAGCACAACUACAGGACACACGUGGCAGUGACAGCUGGAGACACAGCCCUGCUGGACUGUGAGGCUGCCGGAGAGCCCAGGGCACAGAUAUUCUGGUUGCUGCCCUCCGGCGAGACCAUCUCCUCGUCCACAGACAGGCACUCCCUGCACGCCAACGGCUCGCUCUCCGUCAGCCAGGCCAGCCUGCUGGAUGCUGGGCAGUACCUGUGCGUGGCUCGGAACCCCGGCGGGGACGACAGCAAGCUGUACAAGCUGGAGGUGGCUGCUAAACCCCCCACCAUAAACGGUUUGUACAGGAACAAAACGAUCAUGAAGGUGACGGCAGUGAGGCACUCCAAGAAACACAUCGACUGCCGGGCAGAAGGGACGCCUCCUCCUCAGAUUAUGUGGAUCAUGCCUGAUAACAUUUUGCUGACAGCCCCAUAUUACGGGAGCAGGAUUGUGGUGCACAAAAACGGCACACUUGAGAUUCGGAACAUCAGGCCCUCAGACACAGCAGAUUUUAUCUGUGUGGCACGAAACGAUGGGGGAGAGACCGUGCUGGUGGUGCAGCUGGAAGUCACAGAAAUGCUACGGAGACCAACGUUCAGAAACCCUUUCAACGAAAAAAUAAUAGCAAAACCUGGGAAAACGAUCACACUGAACUGUUCUGUGGAUGGAAACCCUCCCCCGGAUGUCAGCUGGAUGCUGCCCAAUGGCACGUGGUUUUCCAGCAGCAUCAGGACACCCCAGUUUUCCACGGGAAGCAACGGCACCCUGACCAUCCACAGCCCCGAGAGCCGGCACGCCGGGCGCUACCGCUGCGCUGCGCGGAACCAGGUCGGCUACAUCGAAAAGCUGCUGGUCCUGGAGGUCGCCCGGAAGCCCAAGAUCCUCAGCCGCCCUGCCGGGCUGGUGACGGGGGUCAGCGGGGAGCCUUUGUCCCUGCACUGCCUGGCCGAGGGCAGCCCCAGGCCCAGGCUGGCGUGGACGCUGCCCGGGGGCCGCGUGCUGCAGCGGCCGCAGCUCAGCGGGAGGCACCUGCUGCUGGAGAACGGCACCUUGGUCAUCCGGGCAGCCUUGGCCCACGACGCAGGCGAGUACCUGUGCAGGGCCCACAACGACGCCGGAGACUCCUCCCUCACCGUUCCCGUCGUGGUCGCAGCCCACGCCCCGCGGAUCGUGGGCAGACCCCCCCCGGCCAUCCACACCAUGCCCGGGGCAGCGGUUCAGCUCCACUGCGUCGUGCUGGGCCUCCCAAAACCAGAAAUUACCUGGGAGUUACCUGACCGCUCCGUGCUCUCCACAGCUCGCCCGGGCCGGGGCUCUGGGGGCCAGCUGCUCCACCCCACGGGGACCCUGCUCCUGCAGAACCCCCGAGCCUCCAGCUCGGGCACGUACAGGUGCACAGCCAGGAACGGCCUGGGCACUGACACUGCAGCCACCUACGUCCACGUCAUCUGAGCCAGAAACGCUGCAGGAACGGUGGGGAGCACAGGCUGCAGCCAGCUGGGCUCACCCCUGCAAUGGCUCCAGUCAAAGGCAGCCACUAGCCCGUGAGUGCCUGGGCACAUCACAGCAUUCAGCCCGCAGCCACUGGGCAGAAGGAGAGAGGAAAGGGAAAUUAGCUCUAGCGUUAUUUGCUAGCGUUGGUUGUCUCCAUGUUCAGGGGAUCUAAAUGAAAGCAAAAUUAAGGCACCUCUGCUCUGCGAAGUAAUGGCAAACAGUGACUAUCAAACGUGGUAACUUUCUGGAGUUGUGCCCAGAGGGCUCUGGCAUGGACACAGUUUGGCAUCAGUUCAACACUGCCCACCUUGUAUGACUGUCACAAGCACGGAUCAGAGAGGGCAAGGACACCUGGGAACCGAGGAGCAGGUUUAUUGGGAUGCAGAUUACCUUCUUCAUGUUUUUAAUGUUUACUAUGUUCUUAAAAUAAAUAUUCAAUGAUG